GCCGGCGGCCCAGAAAUAGCAGCGGCGGCGGUCCCGCCCGCGGGCUGCCGCGAGCGAAAGGCGGAGACUGGAGGACGCAGGCUGGGCGCGGGCGCGGCGCGGCCCCGGCCCCGGAGGAUGCUGAGCCCCUGCCCGGUCCGGCCCCGAGCACAUGAUGGCGAUACGGGAGCUCAAAGUGUGUCUUCUCGGGGACACCGGGGUUGGGAAAUCAAGCAUUGUGUGUCGAUUUGUACAGGAUCACUUUGACCACAACAUCAGCCCGACCAUUGGGGCAUCUUUUAUGACCAAAACUGUGCCUUGUGGAAAUGAGCUUCAUAAGUUCCUCAUCUGGGACACUGCUGGGCAGGAACGGUUUCAUUCACUGGCUCCCAUGUACUAUCGUGGAUCCGCUGCAGCUGUCAUAGUAUAUGAUAUUACCAAACAGGAUUCAUUUCAUACCCUGAAGAAAUGGGUGAAAGAGCUGAAGGAGCAUGGUCCAGAAAACAUUGUAAUGGCUAUUGCUGGAAACAAGUGUGAUCUCUCAGACAUUAGGGAAGUUCCCUUGAAGGACGCUAAGGAAUAUGCUGAAUCCAUAGGUGCCGUCGUGGUUGAAACAAGUGCAAAAAAUGCUAUUAAUAUCGAAGAGCUCUUUCAAGGAAUCAAAUGGGGUAUUGCUGACUUGUAUGCUCCUCAAAGCAGUGUUCCAGAGACAAACGUGCCUGGGAGAAAGGAUACAGUAAAAGUGGUGAGAGUAAAAGCCCUUUAAGAAGGUCGCCAGAUCCCACCCUUGGACCCCCAUGAAAAUGGAAACAAUGGAGCCAUCAAACUUGGGAAGCCAGCCACGCAAGCCAGCCGGCGGUGCUGCUGACCCGUGGGCCACGGUCCACAGUACUUGAAGAAGCCAGAGCCGACCUCCCAUUCUCGGCAGCCUGGCACCCCACAUAGGGAGAAGUGGGAUGCUGGCUUGGCAUCCUAGAAGACCUGCAGUGGUGGGGCAGGAACUGCCCCUGGGAAAGGCUUCUAGAAAAAUCCGCCACACUGCCACAAAAUGGCCUUUGGUGCAUGAAAUGCAAACGGGAGGGAACAGGUGUUAGGUCACGAGUACAACUGAUUUGUUAUUGUUGUUGUUGUU